AAUAUUAUUCAUAACGGAAAAUAAAAAGGAAAAAAUAAAAAUAUCGUCUUCUCCUUCUCCUUCGCGGCUUCACCUUCCCAGACGGAGGGUUUCAGCUCAGCCAGCACGAGGCGAGCUCGAAGGAGUCAUCGAAUCCGCCAGGAGGGGCCGCUCUUUCACCUGUUCGAGCUCGCCGGAGACUUAACUCAGGGUUUUAGUGCUUGUUGCCGGGUUAUUCUAGCUAGGAAGUCGCGAUGGCCGCUUCGGAGGAGACCAGUGCAUUGUUCCCGAUCUUCAUACUGACAAUAAUGGCACUGCCUUUGGUGCCUUAUACAAUAAUGAAACUCUGUCGUGCGGCUUCCAAGAAGACGAAGACCAUACACUGCCAGUGCUCGGAGUGCUUGCGCUCGGGGAAGUAUCAUAAGUCGAUUUUCAAGAGGAUCUCGAACUUCUCAACCUGUAGCAACCUGACUCUAGUGCUCCUCUGGGUUGUUAUGAUAUUUCUCGUAUAUUACAUCAAAAAUAUGAGCAGCGAGAUUCAAGUUUUUGAGCCUUUUAGCAUUCUUGGAUUAGAACCAGGAGCUUCUGAGUCAGAAAUAAAAAAGGCAUACAGGAGACUCUCAAUUCAGUACCACCCUGAUAAGAAUCCUGAUCCAGAGGCGCAUACGUAUUUUGUGGAGUUCAUUUCCAAGGCUUAUCAAGCUCUCACGGACCCUAUAUCCCGUGAGAAUUUUGAAAAGUAUGGCCACCCAGAUGGAAAACAGGGAUUUCAAAUGGGAAUAGCCCUUCCCCAAUUCCUUUUAGACAUUGAUGGGGCUUCUGGAGGGAUACUGCUACUAUGGAUAGUUGGUGUUUGUAUUCUUUUACCGUUGGUGAUUGCAGUGAUAUAUCUGUCGAGGUCAUCGAAGUACACAGGCAAUUAUGUCAUGCAUCAUACGCUGUACACUUACUAUCAUCUUAUGAAGCCUUCUUUGGCUCCAAGCAAAGUAAUGGAAGUGUUUAUCAAGGCUGCUGAAUAUGGAGAAAUUCCAGUCCGCAGGACUGAUACAGAACCUCUUCAGAAACUGUUUUUAUUAGUGAGGAGUGAGUUGAAUCUGGACCUAAAAAAUAUCAAGCAAGAGCAGGCUAAGUUUUGGAAGCAGCAUCCAGCAAUGGUCAAGACAGAGUUGUUGAUUCAGGCUCAGUUAACCCGGGAAUCAGCAGCCUUGUCUCCAGGUUUGCUUGGUGAUUUUAAACAUGUGCUGGAACUUGCUCCCCGGCUUCUUGAGGAAUUAAUGAAGAUGGCACUCGUCCCACGCAAUGCGCAGGGUCAUGGUUGGCUUAGGCCUGCUGUUGGGGUGGCUGAGCUCUCGCAGUGCAUCAUUCAGGCUGUUCCUCUCAGUGCAAGGAAGACAAUUGGGGGAUCAACUGAAGGCAUUGCACCUUUCCUUCAGCUACCGCACUUCAAUGAGGCUGUUGUCAAGAAGAUAGCACGCAAGAAAGUGAGGACGUUUCAGGAGCUUCGCGACAUGACCCUCGAUGAGCGAGCAGAAUUGCUCACUCUGGUAGCAGGAUUCUCCUCAACAGAAGUACAAGAUGUAGAGAGGGUGCUUGAAAUGAUGCCUUCCCUUACUGUAGAAGUCACCUGCGAGACUGGAGGAGAAGAAGGAAUUCAGGAGGGUGAUUUGGUCACUGUUCACGCUUGGGUUACCCUCGAGAGGACUAAUGGACUUGUGGGUGCCCUCCCUCAUGCUCCAUACUACCCAUUCCAGAAGGAAGAGAACUUCUGGUUCCUUCUCGCAGAACCCACCUCGAAUAAUGUAUGGUUCUCCCAGAAGGUAAAUUUCAUGGACGAGGCUGCUGCUAUUACUGCAGCUUCUAAGGCGAUUGAAGAGACGAUGGAGGGAUCUGGUGCAGAUGUGAAGGAGACAAGUCGGGCAGUCCGGGAAGCUGUCGAGAAGGUUCGUGCAGGCUCGAGGCUGGUCUUGGGCAAGUUCUUGGCCCCACCAGAGGGGAACUAUAGCUUGGUCUGUCACUGCGUGUGUGAUUCCUGGAUUGGCUGCGAUAAGAAAGUGAACCUGAAGGUGAAGGUUCUGAAGCGGACCCGGGCAGGAACUCGUGGUGGGGCUGCAGCAGAAGAGGCAGUCAUGGACGAUGGUAUUGAAGAGGAAGAGGAGAUUGAGGAGGAGGAGGAUUACGAGAGCGAGUACAGUGAAGACGAGGCCGAUAAACUGGAUACAAAGAAGAAGUCCGUUGCCAAUGGGAAAGUCACCGCGAAGGGCUCAAGCUCAGAAGGCUCGGGAUCAGAUGAAGAGUGAUGACUUAGAAACAGAGUUCAAUUUUCCCAUUUUUUUGUCAGAGAGAGAAACGAUAGAAUUGCUUUUUGUACUCUAAUUUUGUUGUUAAAUGGACUACAUAAUGUACUGUGCUCAGGAUAGUUUCUUGUAGGCCUCGAGUUUCUCAAUAAGUUAUAAUCUUCUGCAAAUUCCUUUCUUCUA